GCAGCUCAGGAACGAAGUGAGGAGCGCGGCUGCGUGCCACGUAUUUAUAGCUCCGCUAUGCAAAUGAACGGCAUCGGCUUUGCGUAUCCUCAUUGGUCAAAUUCAAAAUUAUGUCAUCACUUACCAUUCUUCGCGUCUGAUUGGUCAGAAUUGGAUUCGCCUUCUCAUUGGCUGUCUGCACAAGACCUACUUCUCAGCCUAUCAGGGAAGGGACGAGAUGCUAAAGCGAGAGCAGAGCUGGGGAGCGCUGAGUUCUUGUUUGUUCUGCUGCGCGGCGUGUUCCUGUCCGAGCAGAGCGAGCCAAGGAAAAUGUCCGGGCGCGGAAAGCAGGGCGGGAAGGCGCGCGCCAAGGCCAAGUCGCGCUCGUCGCGGGCCGGGCUGCAGUUCCCCGUGGGCCGCGUGCACCGGCUGCUGCGCAAGGGCAACUACGCGGAGCGCGUGGGCGCCGGCGCCCCGGUGUACCUGGCGGCCGUGCUGGAGUACCUGACGGCCGAGAUCCUGGAGCUGGCGGGCAACGCGGCCCGCGACAACAAGAAGACGCGCAUCAUCCCCCGCCACCUGCAGCUCGCCAUCCGCAACGACGAGGAGCUCAACAAGCUGCUGGGCAAGGUGACGAUCGCGCAGGGCGGCGUGCUGCCCAACAUCCAGGCCGUGCUGCUGCCCAAGAAGACCGACAGCCACAAGGCAAAAACCAAGUGAACCCGAAAGAACAAGUGCCACGUGUGCUUUUCUGAAAAAAAAACCAAAGGCUCUUUUCAGAGCCACCCACAAGGUCCUAAGAGAGCUGAGUUAUCCAAA